GGGCGAUAUAUAAUGACCGAGAUAUCGAUAGUCCGCGAUGUUUUUUUUACAUCACUAAAACUUUUGCAAGAUGGUGCCUCUUUUGCUUGGUUUUAACAAAUCAGUAGCAGCACGUGUAUAAAAAGUGCCAAUAGUUUUCAAAAAAUGGAUGACCGAAGUGAAAUAGCUCAGGAUGGUCCCGCCGGCAUGGACCCCGAGGGAGUCAUCGAGUCCACCUGGCACGAGGUGUACGACAACUUCGAUGAUAUGAACUUGCGAGAGGAGCUUCUGCGCGGCAUCUACGGCUACGGAUUUGAGAAACCGUCGGCCAUCCAGCAGCGCGCCAUCAUUCCCUGUGUCAAGGGUCGCGAUGUCAUUGCCCAGGCACAGUCUGGAACUGGCAAGACUGCCACCUUCUCGAUUGCUAUCCUUCAGCAGAUCGAUACAUCCAUUCGGGAGUGCCAGGCACUGAUUUUGGCCCCGACUCGCGAGUUGGCCACGCAGAUCCAGCGCGUGGUGAUGGCUCUAGGAGAGUACAUGAAGGUGCACUCGCACGCCUGCAUCGGAGGCACUAACGUGCGUGAGGAUGCCCGCAUCCUGGAAUCUGGCUGCCAUGUCGUAGUGGGCACGCCUGGCCGCGUCUACGACAUGAUCAACCGUAAGGUGCUGCGCACCCAGUAUAUAAAGCUUUUUGUGCUCGAUGAGGCCGACGAGAUGUUGUCGCGUGGUUUCAAGGACCAGAUCCAGGACGUGUUCAAGAUGUUGCCCCCAGACGUCCAGGUCAUCCUUCUGUCUGCCACCAUGCCGCCGGAUGUUCUCGAAGUGAGCCGAUGCUUCAUGCGCGAACCAGUCAGCAUUCUGGUGAAGAAGGAAGAAUUGACCCUCGAGGGUAUCAAGCAGUUUUACGUGAAUGUUAAGCAAGAAAAUUGGAAACUUGGCACCCUAUGCGAUUUGUACGAUACCUUGUCCAUUACCCAGUCGGUUAUCUUCUGCAAUACCCGUCGCAAGGUGGACCAGCUAACUCAAGAGAUGUCGAGCCACAAUUUCACCGUUUCAGCUAUGCACGGCGACAUGGAGCAACGUGAUCGCGAGGUCAUAAUGAAACAGUUCCGUUCUGGGUCUUCUCGUGUCUUGAUUACCACUGAUUUACUGGCACGCGGAAUUGAUGUGCAGCAGGUGUCUUUGGUCAUUAAUUACGAUCUACCCUCAAACCGCGAGAAUUACAUCCAUAGAAUUGGUCGCGGUGGUCGAUUCGGUCGCAAGGGCGUUGCGAUUAACUUUAUUACAGAUGAUGAUCGACGAAUCCUUAAGGAUAUUGAACAAUUCUAUCAUACAACAAUUGAGGAAAUGCCUGCCAAUAUUGCCGAUUUGAUUUAAAUAUUUUCUACCGAGCCGCAAAACAACUAAAAAAAAUGUCAAAAUAAAACGUGAGUGAGCAAAACAGCAACCAAGAACUACAACAUCGAUAGCCGAGCGAAAAUAUAAAUUAUUCAGAGAUCAGCAAAAAAUAAAACUUUACUUAAAAGGCAGCCAACCACCCAACGGCAAGGGCUAGACGCAGACAGAGCAAUAACAUCGGCAGCGGCGCCACAGCAACAUCAUCAGUGCGGCAGCAACAUCUACCAGCUGCAAGAGCUUAAAAAAUUUCUCCAAAAAUCAGGACAUCCUCUGUAUUCAUUUAGUUCUUUCUGUGUUUAAUGAAUUUUUAAACUGCGUCGUCAACCAGCAACAACAAAUAUAUACAAAUAUAUACAAACAACAA